AUGAACGCCGAUGAGUCGCAAGAGAUUUUGAGGAUCACCGGCCCGAACAUGUGCAGCUUCAAUUGGUGCUGUAAUUGUUGUGCGGACAAGAUUUUCGAUCUGGAGACGCCUGAUCGCCAAUUAGUUGGCACAAUUCGAAAAAAAUGGAGUGGACCGAAUACGCACGAAUCCGUUCAUUUCGAUGCCACUUAUUGGUGGGGAAUUCUCGAGAAUUUCGUUGCAACUCAAGGAAAUCAAGGCGAUGAAUGGAAGCAGCAACGCCCAGAACAUCAAUUGGAAUGGAUUCAAUAUCUCGCGAACGAUUUGCUCACUUUGAAACAACAAGUUGAACAACGUCAAAACUUGGCUCGUCUCUAUUUUGUGCCAACUUUCGUCAAUCAUUCACUAGAUUUCGAUAUUCAUUGGCCAGAGGAGAAACAACAGAGAGACGAUGCAUAUCUUGUAUAUAAAAGAUAUCCAAUGCUUUUAUUCGCUGUUGAAUCAAUUCAAUGUGAUCACGAUAAAGGAAUGGCUGAACAAGUACAAAUGCAGGCGCUUUCCAUCAUUGCAGAG